AUGGACGAUAAAUUAACAAUAAGAAUCCCGUGUUUCGUUUCCCCGAAAAGGCUAAUAAUGGCUUUCAGUUAUUAUUUUUGGCGAAGAAGAAUUUUGCAACCUUGUAAUCUACGAGCGUAUUAUUUCAGUGCAAAGCAAAAGAAAUUAUUUUUCUCCAACUUAUCAGAGUUUUCUUCUUCUUCGUCGCAUCUUCUUCUUCUUGACGAUUACGAAUCAAAUAAUGAUACCAAACCCAACCAAACCUUCGAUCCCCAGUCGUUUUUUGCCUCAGCUAUCGAAAGGGCCGUAAACAUUAGGUACUUAAACAAAACUCAUUCUCAGUUAUUUAAAUGGGGAUUGCAAGAAGAUGGUUUUUUAAUUACAAAGCUAAUUAUCGGAUUCUGCGACGUCGGUGAAGUUCAUUAUGCCCGCCAACUGUUCGAUGAAUUUCCUGACCCAUACCUUCACUUAUGGAACGCUAUCAUUCGAGGUUACUCUAAGCAUUAUAUGUUUACUGAUGCUAUUUCCAUUUACGGGAGGAUGCAGUUUUUGUCGGUAAGCCCGGAUUGCUUCACUCUUCCUCCUCUUCUCAAAGCUUGCAGUGGACUGCCGUCGCUUCAACUGGGUCAAAUUGUGCACGCACACAUUUUCAGACACGGUUUUGAAUCGGACGUGUUUGUUCAAAAUGGACUCGUUUCAUUAUACACCAAAUGUCAGCGAAUCAAAUUAGCUAGAAUUGUUUUUGAUGGCUUACUUAAUCAUAAGACAAUAGUUUCCUGGACAUCAAUGAUUUCAGGGUAUGCCCAAAAUGAUCAACCUUUAGACGCAGUUAAAAUCUUCCAUGAAAUGCGACGAAUGGAUGUUGUAAAUCCAGAUCACGUCACUCUCGUUAGUGUUCUAAGGGCGUACGCAGAUUUAGAAGACUUGGAAAACGGAAAAUCUCUCCAUGGAUUCGUGAUCAAGACUGGUUUUGAAUUUGAAUUGGAUUUGAAAAUCGGCCUCACAGCCAUGUAUGCAAAAUGCGGGCAGGUUAUGACAGCGAAAUCACUCUUUGAUCAAGUUGAGUUACCUAAUGUCAUACUUUGGAACGCCAUGAUUUCGGGUUUCGCAAAAAACAGUUAUCCGGAAGAAGCCAUGAAAUACUUCAAGAGAAUGAUCAUCACUUCCACCAUACCCGAUUCAAUCACGGUAAGAUCAGCAAUCUUAGCUUGUUCUCAAAUGGGUUCGCUGGAGCAAGCGAGAUGGAUCGAUAACUACGUUAUGAAAUUGUAUAAAGACGACAUCUUUGUUCGAACAGGUCUUAUAGACAUGUACGCAAAAUGCGGAAAUGUAGAAUUAGCUCGUAACGUAUUUAACUCCACAAUCGAAAAAGACGUAGUGGUGUGGACCGCUAUGAUAGUAGGUUAUGGACUGCACGGAUACGGAAAAGAAGCUAUCGACCUUUUCCAAACCAUGAAACGAGUUGGGGUCAGGGCUAACGACGUGACCUUCAUUGGCCUUCUAACUGCAUGUAACCACGCCGGUUUAGUAAAUGAAGGAUGGCGUUUUUUCCACUCGAUGAAAGAAGAAUUUGGAAUCGAACCUCGCCACCAGCAUUACGCUUGCGUAGUGGAUAUCCUGGGUCGGGCUGGGUUUUUGGAUAAAGCUUACGAAUUUAUAUCGAAAAUGCCGAUUGAACCGGGGGUUUCAGUUUGGGGGGCGCUUUUGAGUGGGUGUAAGAUAUAUAGGUAUGUAGAAUUGGGGGAAUAUGCUGCUGAAAAGCUUUUUGCUAUUGAUCCUGUGAAUACAGGACAUUAUGUGCAGUUAUCGAAUCUUUAUGCUUCGGCUAGAAUGUGGAAUGGGGUUGGGAAGAUUAGGGUUUUGAUGAAGGAGAUGGGAUUGGAGAAGGAUGUUGGGUAUAGUAUGAUUGAAAUUGGUGGAAAGCUUCAUGCUUUUCGGAUGGGUGAUAAAACGCAUCCCAAAGUGAAGGAGAUUUAUAAGAAGCUUGACUUCUUGGAAAGGAGGUUAAUAGAGGCUGAAUUUUGUCUGUUUGUUGUAAACUAGCAAAAAAAAAUAU